UCUUUGCCUUCUACCGACAUACCUCCUUAUUGAUCUAUCGCUGUACACACAUCACGUACUAUUGUAUUCUAUUGCGGGCAAAAUGUCGGAGCACAUCAAAGCGCUUGUUGCACGCGCCCUUGCCGUUGGGCCAGAAAACCCGCAGCAAACCGUCGGCGCAGCCUUUGCGAUUCUCAACAGCAAAAUCAAAAUCACGGUCAUGGCAUUCAGCCUUGCUGGCAGUCUUGCUGGAGCCAUGGUUCUAUUCCUGAUUGCUGUUUUCUUCUGGCGUCGCUCACUGGUCCAACCGCACCUCGCUCCGCCUGAUCUUCUUUAUCUCUCUAAUGGACAGCGUCCUCGGCUUCGUGCAAAUAAAGGACCUGGUGAGGGGAAAUAACACCGGCUGCCGCGUGUUCUACUUCUUCAACGGGUUCAUCACAUACACGAGCAUCUACACGUCCACGUGUAUUGCGGCCAACCUGACACAUCAUGUUUUUGCGGCCCAAGCUGAAGAUCCCGAGCAGGUACUUGGAGAUU